AUGACAAAUACCAGCACGACAACAAUAUCAGUCAGUGCCACGUCAACUGCAACAACAAUAAGCGUUAGCUCUACCAGCAUGAGCAGCACUUCGUCGGCCAGCAGCACCACCAGGACAAGCACGACUUCCACCAUUACCAGCUCAACGUCCAGCUCAACUGGUACAUCGCGAACUGCCACUACAACAAGCGUGAGCACGAUCAGCAAAAGCAGCACCACGUCGGUCAGCAGCACCACAAGGACGAGCACCACUAUCUCAACCACCUCAACAAUGACAACAGCCACCACUACCAUGACGACGUCGAGCGCGACCACUGCGAGCAGUACCACCUCAAAGACCAGUACGACUAUCACAACCACCAGUGCAACUUCCAGUCGUACUGGUACAACGUACACAGCUACAACAUUGACCGCCACCACGCUCAGCUGGAGUUCCACCACAUCGGUCAGCAGCACCACAAGGACAAGUACGACUAAGACAACCACCAGUGCUACGUCCAGCUCUACCACAAGUGUCACAACGAUCACAACGACUACUUCCACCACCAGGACAGGGAGCGUGACUACCUCAAUCAGUACGUGGUCAUUAAGUAGCACAGUGACGCUAAGCAGCGCAACGGGGACAACUACGACAACAUUCAGCACGACCACGGGAUCCGAUACAACAGGAACUACGACCACUGGAACAACAUUGACAGGUACCACAGGCAGCACCACCCAAACAACAUCCUCAGCCACCAGCAGCACCACCGUCACCGCCACAGCGACGUAUACAACGACGAGCUUGACCACGAUCUCUGCAACAUCCCUUUCAAAGACAAGUACAAGCGAGACAAGUACGUCAGGUACUACUUUGACCACCACGGGCACCACCACUACGCGGACGUCGUCGACUACUACUUCGUCAAUUUCGUUGACCGCUUCUUCGUCGACACAUUCUGGCACGAGCACAACCAGCGCCACCACGACCGCGAGCGGUACAAGCACGACCAGCAUAACCUCGAGGACAAGCAUCACAUCCACUACGCAAACUACCAUGUCAGCCGGAGCACUGGUCGAGGGCUUCCUCUCCCUGACGGUGACGGACCCCGAGGCCUUCGCGCAAGACGCCCAGGCCAUCGCCGCCCUGGAGACGCCCGGCCCCUGCCUGCCUCGUCCGCCGUCCCGGAGUCGCGCGUCCGCGUGGAGGUUGACACGGCACGACGCCUGCGAGUGCAGGGUGCCGCCGCCACUUCUACGAGAACGGCGGGUCGACGCCUGGACGUCGGCACGGUGA